AUGGGGGCUUACAGGGCCGACGACGAUUAUGAUUACUUGUUCAAGGUCGUGUUGAUAGGCGACUCUGGCGUCGGCAAAUCUAAUCUCUUGUCCAGAUUUACCAGGAACGAGUUCAGCCUCGAAUCCAAAUCCACGAUUGGCGUCGAAUUUGCGACUCGCAGCAUCCACGUCGAUGAUAAGGUCGUCAAGGCCCAGAUCUGGGACACUGCUGGCCAAGAAAGAUACCGGGCAAUCACCAGUGCAUACUACAGAGGUGCAGUAGGUGCAUUGCUUGUCUAUGAUGUCACCCGGCAUGUUACUUUUGAAAAUGUGGAGAGGUGGUUGAAGGAGCUCAGGGAUCACACAGAUGCAAACAUUGUGAUCAUGCUUGUCGGGAACAAAGCGGAUCUGAGACACCUUCGUGCUGUUCAAACUGAGGACGCCAAGGCGUUUGCCGAGAGAGAGAACACAUUUUUCAUGGAGACAUCUGCACUGGAGUCCUUGAAUGUCGAGAAUGCAUUCACUGAGGUGCUGACUCAAAUUUACCGGGUUGUCAGCAGGAAGGCACUUGAUGUUGGGGAUGACCCAGCAGCCUUGCCCAAGGGACAGACCAUUAGUGUGGGAAAGGAUGAUGUAUCCGCCGUCAAGAAAGUUGGGUGCUGCUCGGCCUAA